AUGGCUACAAACGGAACUGAAUCUGCCCCCGAAGUGGUGAGCACCCUGCCCGGGCCCAACCACAACUGGCAGGUCACUCUCGCCAACAAGGUCAUUGCCAUCACCGGCGCAAACCAAGGCAUCGGCCUCGGGCUCGCCGAAGUCUGUCUCGCCAACAGCGCAGCCCACGUCUACUCCCUCGACAUCUCCACCCCAAGCGACCCCUUCACCGACCUCGCAACCAAAAACCCCAAACGCUUCUCCUUCAUCCAAGCCGACGUCACCUCCGAAUCCAGCGUGCAAGCCGCCCUCGACAAAAUCGUCUCCGAACAAGGCCGCUUCGACGGCAUGAUCGCCAACGCCGGCGCAACAAAGCACCAGCCCGCCCUCGACUUCAGCCUCGACCAGGUCAAGCGCCUCUUCGAGCUAAACGUGUUCGGCGCCUGGAACUGCGCCACCGCUGCCGCGAACACAUUCAUCAAACUCGGUAUCAAGGGCUCUAUCGUCUUCACAGCGAGCAUGACGAGCUACCGCCCGAAUCGGGCGGCGCCGAGCGCGCCGUAUGGCGGGACCAAGGCCGCUGUGCGGAAUAUGACGCACACGCUUGCGAUGGAGUGGGCGAAGCAUGGGAUUCGGGUUAACAGCAUCUCGCCUGGGUUUGUAAAGACGGCGCUUACUUACUACGUGGAGACGAGUCCGGAUUGGGAGACCAAGAUGAAGUACUAUGGGGGCAUGCCGCGGUUGGCGCUGCCGCAGGAGCUGGGGGGUGCGUAUGUCUAUCUGCUGAGUGAUACGGCGACGUAUACGACUGGCAUUGAUAUUCCGAUUGCGGGGAUUGUGGGGGCUUGGUAG